GAAGAGCACAAUCGAGCGGACGUGUAUGUCGGAAGAAACGACGGAAAUUUAAUUUAUAUGCUUCGAUAGAGAAACGGAAAAUUAUAAAAGAGCCACCAUGCAAACAUAGGCUGGAUGAAAAGCAAAUAAAAAAAAUUUAUAAUUUACAUAAAAGUGCGAGUGUCAACUUAAAGUUGGAAUUACUAAAUGAUUAAGCAAAAAAUAAAUAAAAAUAAAACAAAAAUUGUGCGAAGCUUGCAAAGAAAAUGUGACAAAAGUAGAUGCGAUUAAAACGAAUUUAAGCGAAUUAACAUAACAUGUUGUAAGUGCAGACAAAAAGGAACAAACAAGUGCCUUUUACACAACAACUACCAAUACCAAAUCGACUGCUAUGUACUAACCAACAACCACGCAUUUGUGUAAAAAAAAAAAACCAAAUAGAGUUUUUAAUAAAUAAAUAUAGAAAACAACAUUCAAUGAAGUGUUUGCGCGACUGAAUGGUGAACUCAUUUAACGUACAUACAUACAUAUUGGCCCAGUAAUAACGUUCCUGUUGCAUUCAUUCAAUUAAAAACUUAUGUAUGUAUAAAUGUACGUAUUGCUGCGUGUGCAAAGCGAACAACAAAAAGCAAAUAUUCAAAAACACAAAAAAACAAACGGAGAAAACAUAGAUAUUACCGAUACAUACAUAUGUAUGUAUUACCAACUAGCAUAACCGCCAGUAAAGCAAGUUAUUAGCCUGGAAUUUCGGCCACGAAAGACGCAGCAAAGUGUAGUUGGAAAGAGUGAGCGUAUUAAAAGAGAAGCAACAAAUUUAAAAUUAACUAAAGGCAUUCAAAAAUCGACAUAAAAUAAAAACUAAUUUAUUGAGGGAAUUGCGAGUUUUAUUUGCAAAAAAAGAAGAAGAAGAAGAAGAAGGUAACAUUUGCAAGUAGUUUGAAAACUCAACAUGAAAGUAUAAUUCAAUACAUUUGAAGUUAGUCGAAAAAUAUGGUGCCUACCUACGCCAGUGUGAACCCAAAGAAAACCGGAAAUUAAACAGUUAGGCAGCAGCAAGUGUUUCUUUCCUCGUUUUGAGUCACCUACCGCCCGAAAUUACUGCUAACCCCCUACUCAAAAGUGCAAAAGAAUAUCUGCGAGUUUUCCACAAAUUUUUCCGAAAACGAACUUAAAUCAUCGCAAAGAGUUAGAUUAAGAGUUUUGUUAUUUUAAUAUUCGCCCAUAGUGCGCUGGCUUAAUAUUAUCUAAUAAGCUAACGGCGGCAAAAACAAUAAAAACAUCAGGUUCGGUUCUCUACAUACAUACAUACAUAAAGCAAUACAACGAACAAAAAUUGUUUAAAACAAUACGAAAAACAACAACAACAAUAGUAAAGCAAAUCAGCAGCAGAUAAGUAAAGUCAAAAAGAAAAAAGCAACGCGACGAAAACCUCAACAACAACAAAAACUCAACUACAAAUCUACAAACACACCCGUGUAUUCAAGUGUAAUUUUGUGAUUCACUCCGCUGUCGCUAACGCUGCCACUGUCUGCUGUGUCGCAGCAGCCAAUAAUAACAACAAAAAACACACGCACACACAAACGCUCAGCAGUGCAAAGAGUGUAGCGAGUGGUGUGCAACAGUAUUGAGUGCGAGCGUGAUAGCAAGAGCGUGAGUCAUAAAAGUGAAAUGAAAAUGCGGGUAAAGAGAGAAUCACCGCUGCUCGUGCUGAGAUUUAGGACAAUCAACAGCAGAAAUGAUUUUAAACGAUCUACAGUUUGCGAUACAAACGAUACAGCUUCGGCACCCGAGACAAUGCCAACAGAAGACUACAGUGAGGAUUGGUCCUCAACGGUGCCGCAAACAGGCAAUCGUUCACCACUCAUGAGAAGUUGCUCUACACCAGCUGUUUAUGAUAUAGAAACUCAUCCCGCGUCACCAGUUUUUCCCCAUUUACUAUUAGGCAAUGGCAAAGAUGCCAGCGAUCCGAGUAGUGUCGGCGCCAAUGCUGUUUUGAAUGUUACCUGCCAAGCACCCAGCUCAGGACCAACGCCGGGACUUAAAUAUAAACAAAUACCUGCCAGUGAUACACCACAUCAAAAUAUAAAACAAUAUUUUCAGGAAGCCUACGAUUUUAUUGAGGAUGCACGCAAAACCGGUUCACGCGUACUGCUACACUGUCAUGCGGGUAUUUCGCGCAGCGCCACUAUCGCUAUCGCCUAUGUCAUGCGCUACAAAUCACUUUCGCUCUUCGAGGCUUACAAGUUGGUCAAGGGGGCGCGACCCAUCAUUUCGCCCAAUCUCAACUUCAUGGGCCAGCUGCUGGAGCUGGAACAAAGCUUACGCACGAGUGGCGUUUUGAAGCCGGCCACACCUACGGCGGCCACCACACCCACCACCCCAACAUCUAGUCAAGUCGAAUUUAGCCAGAAUGUAGAUGUAGAUGAGACCGAUGCGUCGCUUUUACGCAAGCGGCCUACCGACGCCAAGCGCAAACUGUGCGCCGGCGAUGAUGAUGCCAGUGAUGACCUGUUCGAGGAUGCGCGCAGCACACUGAGCAGCCAUAGCAGCAGCAGCAGCAGCAGCAAUAGUCAAGCGUUGCGGCUAACAUGGCCACCGCCCACAGGCACGCCCGCAACUCUGCUAUCGCAUUGCACUUCGGUGGAGGCCUCCUGCUCAUCUUCGGCCUCGUCGUCAUCGCUCUCCGCCUCCUCAUGCACCUCAUCUUCAGCCUCGACGCCGACUUCACCAUCGACUGCUUUAUCUGCCGCACAAUCACCCUUCCUCUGUUGCACUCCCACCGCUAUGCCGAGGCGCCAUUCGCCCGCCAAACUGCGACUCAACCUGCGGUCCACCUUCGCACCGAUACGGCAAUCGCAAUCGUGCAUGUCAAUACGCGAAGUAGCUGAUGAGAGCGCAGCCACUGCCACAGUUGUCAGUGAAUCAACAAAUACGGCGCUGGCGAUAGCAGGAACGGCAGCGCCAGCGGUUGCCGCUUUGGCGCCCAACAACAACAACAGCAAUUUGCCCUUGCCAAUAGCGAUGGAUCAGGAGAAUAAUGUAGUAAUGGCAAUGUCGACCAGUGAUUGAGGCGACUAGUAAUAAUUUUAAAAACAAAAACACUGAAGAUUCACUAGUAGUAAAAUGAAAGUUAAAAAAAUAGAAAAAUAAGAUAAAUAAAAAACUGAACAACGCAAACACUUUGAAAAAAGCUGUGAAUAAUUUUUAAGUGUACAAUAUAGCGAGCGUACCUACCUAAAGAUUACAUUUGUAUUUGUAAAUACAUAUGUACACUAGUAUAUAUGUACAUAUACCGAUCGAGCGAAUAACCGAUCGAAAUGACACCAUGCCUACUAAACUUAAUACGUAAAUACUGCGAGCACAUGGAAAAAUUUGUAAAAACCAAAAAACACCAGAAAAUUUCUGACCGUUAGAUAUGUACACAUACAUAUAUGAAAUAUUUGUAUAAAAAUCGGCAUAUUUACAAUUAGUAAACGUAGACGUUAAAUGUCGCAUUGCACCAACAAAAACGAAGCAUAUUAUAAAAUUAAAAUCGACUACGUUUGAGAAAAACAUUUUUUUUUAAUAUUUUACCUUUAUACCCUUUGAGAAAAAUUGAAAAAAACUAACGCAUUGAGACUGCGUCAGUGAGAAAUUAUAAUCAUGCAUUUGCCUACGCUUACGGCUAAAAUUCAUGUACAUUCAUAAUAUGAAGUUUAUAUUUGAAAGCUUAUAUUUAUUUAUUUUUUUUUUAAUAUUUUAAAUUAAUAAAAUGUUUACUCGCAAAAAAUUAUGACCAAGCAGUUAUUUAUAAUAUUCAAUUUAAGAGUGAGUUAGAUAAACAAAUUCGCAUUCAAAGGCCCAAAAUUUUUU